CAGCACUGCAGUUCAUUCAGUAGGUCCAUGAGCACGAACACAGUACCCGAAGUUUGCAGGCGCGGAACUUAUGUGAAGCCGAGCAGCCACCUCAGAAAACUCUGCAGAGGGCGUGUAGGGAGGAAGGAAGCGAGGGAGGAACGGCGCGAGAGACGAGAGGAGUGACAGGCGGCCCCGGCUCCGUCAUCGAGCACCGGCGCACGGCACCACCACACCCCCGCCCGCCCCUGCCUGGCUGCGCUCCAGGCUCCCCAUGUCUCAGAGCAGCCGCGCGGCACCACCACCACCAGCAGCAGCAGCACCCAGUGCCCAGAGCCUGCCCCCCACCUGUGGCUGAGCACGGAGCAGAGCAGACAUCGAGCACCAUCUCCUGAUCGGCAGGCGGCCGCCUCUGACUGCCUCCUCCAAAGGUCCCUUCUCUCCACCCGCCUCCCCACCCCCACCGACCCAACCUGGCUGCCGUCUCCCUGCGCCCCACUCUCCCGACGGUCUGCAAGUUCUGCCGCUGGCCCCCGUGGAGGAUGAGCGAUGUCCCCACGCUGGACUUUGAGCUCUUCUCCCCGGAGCCCCUGCUGCACGCCGCGCCCAGCAGCGCCCCGCCGGUGGUGGGGGGCGACGCCGAGCAGCGCACGGCCUUCGCCUUCGUGGGCCUCCUGAUGCUCUUCCUGGUCUUCCUGCUGGUGCGCUGCUUCCGCAUCCUGCUGGACCCCUACAGCCGCAUGCCCUCCUCCUCCUGGACCGACCACAAGGAGGGGCUAGAGAGGGGCCAGUUCGACUACGCGCUGGUGUAAAUGAGGGAAGGGGAGGGUAUUUGAAGCGGGAGCGAGUGCGGCGGCCGACU